AUGGAUACCAUUUCUACACUAUGGGAGCUCGACACCCCCGAGCGAGCGAAUAACUACCCGACCGAUUCCGCAGGUAGCCCUUUUCGCAUCCAAAAUUUCAUUGACAAUGAAUUUGUGGAAAAUACCAAGACAGAUGAAUGGAUUGACACAUUCAACCCACGAACUGGCGAAGUAUUGGCCCAGGUUCAUAAAAGUACGGCAUCCGACGUGGAUCGAGCGGUGGACGCCGCCUCCAGAGCAUUUCCGUCUUGGUCUCGAACUACGAGACAAGAAAGAUCAGAGAUAUUACUGCGGAUUGGCAGCAUCUUGGAGGAGAAGAGAGAGCUUUUUGCAGUGUGGGAGAGCAUUGAUCAAGGAAAAACGCUGGCCCGUGCUAGGAUCGAGGUUGAUCGCGCGAUCUCAAAUUUCCGAUAUUUUGCGACCUACAUCCUUCACGAGGAGGGCGCUGUUCGAUUCGUUGACGGACCAUCCUCGACUUUGACAUACGAGCAUCGAUCACCGGUGGGAGUUUUUGCACUCAUAUCGCCAUGGAAUAUGCCUCUUUAUCUCUUGACAUGGAAAAUUGCACCUUGCCUUGCAUUUGGAUGCACGGGCGUGGCAAAGCCGAGCGAAGUUACAAGCAUAACAGCAUUCUUGCUAGGUGAGGUAUUCCGACAAGCCAAAUUACCCCCCGGGGUAAUGAAUGUCGUCUUUGGAGAUGGACCCGGUGCCGGAUCAACGCUUGUCAAGUCGCCUCGCGUCCGCGGCGUCUCAUUCACGGGCGGCACCAGUACAGGAAUUCGCAUCAGACAAGACACAGUGGCCGAUAUUGGCAAGCACCUCUCACUGGAGCUUGGUGGGAAGAAUCCCACCUUGAUAUUUGAUGACGUCGAUCUGGCCAAGGCAGUACCUCUGGCUGCUCAAGCAUCUUUUGAAAACAGCGGCCAAAUAUGUCUAUGUGGCUCACGGAUCUAUGUUCAUCGCAAAAUCUACGAGACGUUCCUAUCUGAAUUCGUGGAAUACGUUCAAAGGAACUAUCGCUGUGGAGAGACCGUUGGGCCAGUCGUCUCCCGACAGCACUAUGCCAAGGUUCGGUCUUAUCUGCUCCAGGCCCAAGAGGAGAAUGCAAGGUUCCAUACCGGCGAGCUCCCCGAUGAAGCUCCACAGAAUGGCUAUUGGAUCAAACCGACGGUGCUAGGUGGAGUCCGCACAGACAGUCGGGUGAUGCGCGAAGAAAUCUUCGGACCCGUCGUCACUGUGUGCCCAUUUGAGACGGAGGAAGAGGCCAUUGAGCUCGCAAAUGACAAUCCGAAUGGACUAGCCAGUGUCCUCAUGACCACUGAUGUAUCGCGGAUGCGCCGAGUCGGGGAACGGAUCGAUGCCGGGCUGGUGUGGGUAAACUGCUGGCUGGUACGCGAGCUUGGAACGGCAUUUGGAGGUAUGAAGGUGUCUGGAACAGGUCGAGAAGGAGGUGCCCAGAGUCGUGAUGUCUUCACCAAUUUGCGGACACUCCAUGUACGGUAA